AUGAAAGCGCUGACUACUGCUCCAACCAGGCCUUACUUGCCGCUUCAGCCGUCAAACAUGCAAACCGGAAGUCAACACUACCAGGAAGACAACAGCUGCUCCACCAAGACAAUGUACUCUAGUGAAGUACGGUACGAAGAAACCAGCCGAAGUUUCCCUCCUCCACCACAACCUCCACAGCCGUACAUCCCCCGACCAGGAUCGCCGUUCGCAGAAGCAAAGCACCAACUAUCGCACCCGAGCGUUCUUAAUACACACCUCUCGGUGAGCACUCAGUCAAAGGCUGCGAGAAUCUGUGCUUACUGCGGGAAAAUCUUUGGAAACAGUCCAUUCUUUCUCGAGGAAGGAUUGCCGUACUGCGAGGCCGAUUGGAACGAACUCUUUACAACAAAAUGCUUUGCCUGUGGGUUCCCCGUAGAAGCAGACGAUCGCUGGGUAGAAGCUCUCAACAAUAAUUACCACAGCCAGUGCUUCAACUGCACGAUGUGUAAAAAGAAUUUUAAGGGCCAGAGCUUUUAUGCCAAAGCCGGUCGACCCUUAUGCAAAAAUCACGCACGCUAAGCUCAC